CACAAAGAAUCAAAAGAAUCUCAAAGAAUUCGUCAUCUGAAAAAAACUGUUGUAUAUAUUGAAAAAAGAUACAAAUUCGCUAUGCAGGACACGAAUCCUGAUUUAUAUGAGGAAAUUAAAUUAUUUCGCAACGCACGGGAACGUGAGAAAUAUGAUAAUAUGGCUGAUUUAUAUGCAAUCAUCAAUACAUUACAACAACUAGAAAAGGCUUAUAUACGGGAUUGCAUUACUCCUCAAGAAUACACAGCAGCAUGUUCGAAAUACUUGGUGCAAUAUAAAGUUGCCUUUAAGCAAGUACAAGGUGAUGAUUAUCCAACAGUAGAUACGUUCGUUAAAAAGUUUCGAUUAGAUUGUCCAGCAGCACUUGAACGCAUUCGUGAAGACCGUCCAAUAACGAUAAAAGAUGAUAAAGGCAAUACGUCAAAGUGUAUAGCGGAAAUAGUUUCAUUGUUUAUAACAAUAAUGGAUAAAUUACGUUUAAAAAUGAAUACAAUGGACGCCUUACAAAUGGAUGUAAAAGAUUUGACAGAUAACAUGAAUCGCCUCUCAUUAAUACCAAAAGAUUUCGAGGCUAGGGUUAAAGUGGAAUCAUGGCUGUCUACGUUAAAUGAAAUGCAAGCAUCUGAUGAAUUAAGCGAAGCUCAAGUAAGGCAAUUUCUAUUCGACUUGGAAUCUGCCUAUGCAGAUUUCACUAAAUUACUUCACAGCCAGUAGAAAUAAUGGCCAUAAUAAUAAAAUACUCGCAUGUAUUCGUCUAAUCAAACUCUGUGUGAAGAAGUAUUAGAUUUAGAUUUCUUUUAUAAAAUAUUUUCUUUUUUUUCUUUUUUUUGUAAAAUAAUAUUUAAAUGCAUAAUUUAAAAUUUAAGGACAUUAAAAAAAUUUAUAGUCUAAAAGAGAAUAUGAUGUACGGGAAGGGCAUUGCUGUUGACGUUGGAAAUUUUACUUUUAAGUUAUCUUUUUAAAUCGACACAACUCGCAAUUGAUAUGAUUAGUUUCCUCUAUCGCUUGUAGAAUGAUUUGAUAAGACAAGGCCAAUGACAAAGAAAAUAAUUUUGGUGUUCAGAACGAAUACUUAUACUUAUGUUUUGAUUUGGUCAUUUAUAUUAAGUAAUACUCUCAAAAAUCAAAACAAGAAUAUUAUAGUAGGGCAAGGCCGACAUUUAGGUGCCCUACGCGCCAUUUCCUGAACAUACCGCAAAUUAUUUAUUGUUUUUAUACAAAUGGAUAAUUUUGAUGGAAGUCCUCAUCUUGGAGGAUACUUAAAGCGUCAACUAAAGCGGUUUAAAAUUUGGAACAACGUCGAUUGUCGUUUGUCAAAAAUUUUCUUGUUUUCUAAUUGAUUCCGUCAUAACAAAAAAGGACCCUAUUUAAACUCUCUAUGGACAAUUUACAAAGGACCAGUUUUCAUCAUAAAGUACCAGCAUCUAUAUAUAAUAGGGUUACAUUGUCCAAAUUCCGAAAGAUUAAUUCUUAUAUCAAAUUGUUAUUAUGAACAAAUUUACAUCAAGAAGUAUUGAAAAAAUUAACUGUUUUUUUUAUCAUGGAGAGCUUCAAUUUCCAUGGGAAUUGUUAUAUGGCAAGGGGUUCAACAAACUGACCCAUCGUUUACGGUUUCCACACCCACUUAGAAAGGCAGAAUACUAGAUAUACUAUUGCUAAGCGACUUCUCAAAGUAAAGGGGGGUGGUCGAGGAAGUAGUUCGAUCCGAAUCAUUUGCAAUAACUUUCCACAUUCCAUUAAAAUGUUUCGGAAGUUUGAGAACUGGGACCUGUAGCUUCAACACAAAGUUAUAGGAGCAUACAUCAGAUGAACAGACAAGUUUAGAACGUAUCUAACACCUAGAAAGACUUUGGAUAGACCCACAUUUUAUUAUAUUCUAAAUCGAUCGGUGGGGUUUAACUCAAGUCCUUCGGGGUGUUACAUAAGUCCACGCAAAGUGCUCUUGCACCAUAAGUCAUAUAGGUUAUAAACAUUACUGGGAGCAAAACAUGCUUCAUAAGCAUAAGCGUAUUAAUAUAUAACCUUAACGUGAGGUGAAUUGCGCUACUGAUACAAUACAAAUAUUUGAGUUAUUAUUGUAAUGUUUGAGAUAACUUUGUAUUCAUUGCACUACUUACAAAUUAAAUGUUCAAUAUAUCUAUAUAUAUAUAUAUAAGUAUAUAUAUAUAUAGUUUUUGAUAUCUGCUUGAACCGGAUGAAAUAUGUAUUUGUGAACAAAGAUACGUGAUCGUAAUUGUGAGAUCAAUAAACACACAAACGGAUAAGGGUAAAUUAAUUUCGCCGCUUACGUCGAUUAAAAAUAUACUUUUCUUUGUUUUCAUUAUUUAUAAGUAAUUACUAAAUCAUAAGAAGCUGUCGCGCGGUAAAAAACCAAAAUAAAUUCGGAAAUAAUAAAAUAAGUAAUAAAAGUCUACGGUGCAUAAUUUAAAUGAUUUGAUGUCGUUAUCUCCACGUGCUAUAACAGUAAAAACACUUGUAAAAAUAUUUAUUAAAUUAAAGUUUUAUUGGUUGGUAGCAGGGAAUUAGAAAAGGGAAUGUGUUUGGAUUUCAAGUUUCAUUCAAAAAAAAAAUGAAAGGCAUUUCAUUAACAGUCUUGUGUGUUGUGUUUAAAUAAUUAAAAUCAAAACUUCAUAUAUUAAAAAAAAAAAAAUGAGUGUAAAAAACGGCGAAUCGCGAAUGCAAAUUCGAGCAAAAUAACAUUUUACACUAAUCUCCUCUCAGAGCAAACAAAAGUUUAAUCGCUGAUGGCGCCAAGUAUUUAAAUGUUAGAAAAUUUCUGUUCCGUUCUGUUAGUGAAACUUUAGUGAAAAUAAUUUAGUACAACAAAACAUGCAAUACGCAAUUAAGAUUUCGGUUAACCCGCAUAAAUACAAAUUAAUAGUGUACACUUACAAUCUCUCAAUCUAAUCUUUGCACGAUAACGAUGAGUAAAUCUUGCUCCCAUUUUUCUUCUCCAGUUCGUUUUGUUAAUAAGAAUUUUGAAACACAAAAUUCGACGAGCGUAAAUCAGAGAUGUUAAGAUAUGUUAAAAGCAACGUCAAAUGUUUAAUUUUUUUUGUUUUUCGACAAUACUUUUUGAACUAUGAAUAUCUGUUGAAAAGAGAUCAGCAAUUUUCGGUCUUUAUAUAUUACAUUACUGCA